AUGGCGACGGCGGUAUCCAUGGCGUCUGCGUCGCCAGAGUCAAUGAUGUCAGCGCCCGUGACCACGUCCUCCUCCUUGACCCGGCUUCGAGCAUGCCUUGCAAUCGGGUGCGGUGCAGGGCUGCUUCUCUACGCCGGUGUCGUGCUACGGCGGCGCCUCGCCCGUCCACGGCCACCGCCGCGGGUCACAUGUCCGAUGGCGGACAACACGAUUGCCCUACUGCGGGACCUGCACGACGGCCCGUUCCGCUUUGGGGAUCCCACGCCGUUUGCCACUGCGGCGCGGGCAGAGGCAACGCGGCGCAUCCGGCGUCAGCAGCGGGAGCGCCGACGACUGCGCCGGUGCAUGCGGUCGCAGCUGCGUCGCACGAGGAGCUCUCAGCACUUCCCGUCAUGGUGCCCGGCAGCGACCGCGGCGGCCUCCGCGUCUGCCCGCAACGUCCUCGGAGCCGGCGGCCAGCAGGGGCGCCAUGUCCCCGGCAGCGAGCCCACGAGCGGCGAUGCAGCAACGGUGGCGGCGAAGGAAAGAGAAGGCCGCGCUACGGCAGAGGCGGUGUGCAAGCGAGAGGGCGGCUUGUUGCCCUCUGUCAAUUCCAUUGCCUCGUUGCGCGCCGUCGCCUCCGACGCUGACGACGACGACCCACGCGACAAUGACGGCUACGGUGAGGGCGCGUGCUCCACCUACGGGCCACUAGUGGCGAGGAGCGGCGGCCUCCGCAAGAUGACGUCGAGCGAGGUGUCGCUGAUCUCAUCGAUGACGACGACGAGCAGCUCCUACGACUCAGACUACUCGCUCUCGCAGAGUACCAGUGCCAGCACCACCACCAGCGGCAGCAGCUACUACUCCCGCACCAGCACCCCAUCACUCAUGCAGUCCACGGGGUCGUCUGGAGACUCGCAGGGUGGCGCGUCGUCGCUGCUGGCCAUGACGAUGGGCUCUGUGACGAGCCCCGACGGCAUCCCAUGGGUGAAGGCCACCUUUGACAGUGGCAGCGUCACCUGGGGCGGCCUACACGGCUCCCACGACGCACCACAGCAAGCGCAGCAACACAACCAACACCAUAACCACCAGCCACCGUCGAAUGAUCCAGCCGGGAGCUUCAGCAACAUCGCUCAGAACAUGGUGUCUGGGUCGAUGGCUGCCCAAGGGGGUCGUUCUCCGGCGCAACUGCUGUGCUGUGGCGCCUCCUCGCCGGCCGCGAGUAUCCAUGCAUCUGACGGGACGCCGCGGCCGGGAGCGAACAUGGCAUCCUCGUGGACCUUCGGUGGUGGCGGCGGCGGCGGCGACAGCAGCCGGCCCCCAGAGGUAGCGUACCCAGGGACCUUUGCCUCCGUGCCCGGGCCGGUGCCAUCGCUGCUGGCCAGUGGGAGAUGGGGCGGCGGGGCGGAGGACGAGGAGCCGUAUCGGUGCACAGCGCCUGGCCUCAUGUACGGGCCGCCGCUGUUCGCGACAGAGAUGGACGUCACGGAUGCACUGGCGGAGCUGCGCAGCUCGGUGUGCUGCAGCGGCGACCGGCAAGGCAGCAGCUGUCUCGCCGGCGGUGCCUCCAGCACAAUAAACACCGCCCCCACUCCCUUCAUGAGCUCUAGCGUCACCGGCAGCGGCAGCGGCAUCAUGGCGCGCAUGAACUCCUCGAACAACGCCAUCUCCCUCCAUCAACAGCAAGUAGGGAUGUCGUUGUCCUCGGUGCACUACCGCCCUCAGCAGCAGCAGCAGCAGAGUACUCACCAUCACACCUGGAGCAAUCCGCGAAGUCAGGGCUACUUCUCGGGCACGUCCAUGAGCACAGCCAGCGCAAGCGUUGCGCUCCCUACGCACACCCGACACACGCUGCACUACCCGGGCGGUGGCAGUGGCAGUAGUAGUAGCCAGCCGCCCAAGCAUCAACGUCAUCACCGUCGCAGUGGCAGCGGCUACCAUCACGUAUCGUCUCGCACCAGCGUUCCGCGUAGCACGAACUGGUCGCCUGUGAGCUCGCAGUGGCUACCUGAGGCGCUAUCGACGGUGCAGCCGGUCUACGGUUACGACAGCGCGCCUCGCGGUUGGGGCAGCGGCGGCAGCGAAGGUGCCACAGGCGAGAGCACGGCCAGCGCCGGGAACGGCUCCUUCAACCACGCCCCCACGGAAACCCCCAUUUCGCAAGCAUCGUCGGGCUUGCGUCGCUCCCUGGUGGCUGGUAGCCGCGUGCACUACUCAUCAGGACACGGUAACAUCAGCAGCAAUGCCCACCGCUCCUUCCGCUCCGCGAAGUCCGCGCUGCGCCACCUCUGCCAGUACGGAUGGCACUGCGGUAGCGGGCGGCUGCGCCGGUGCUGGCGCCGCUGCCGGCGACUGGUGCGUCGUCGCGUCAUUGUCAGCUGCGCCAUAGUCCAGCUGGGGGCGAUGCGCAUAUUGUGUGCGAUGCGGCGCGGCUCGAGCGCCCUCGGCGGAGCCUGCGCGAGGGGGUGGCGUUGGGUCAUCUGUCAGUGGCGAGAGAGCGCCUCCGCUGCGUCUGGCAAGGUCCUUGCGUGUCUGCGUCGGGCACGAUGGUCAUUGUUGAGGACUGGCGCGAUGGCAGCCGACGAGAGAAGUUGCACCGCGGCUGCUCCUGUGCCAUCGAGUGAAGCAGCCAAGAGACAUCCAGGGCACACCUCCACGGGUGCCGACACUGCGGCGGAAGCGGAGGCGGUGGAGGCCAAGCGUGGCGGUCUUUUGAUGACGGACACGGCCGACGAGGCUAUUAACAAGAUCGUUCAGCUGCUGGAGCCGACACCUGGGCGUGUGCCAACGGUCGUGGUCAUUCGUGCUCCGCUCGGCUACGACGUGUCGACUGAUGCGGCGAGUCUCUGGAAGGCGCUUCACCUCGACAGCAGCUCAUUCGAAGAGGGCCUGAUCGACAUCAUUGUCAUGGAGGAGCUAAAGACGGGACCAUUGCCACCAGCGCAGGCCAGGGCAGCAGCUGCGGCGACGGGGACCUCAUCACAGGUGGUCAGCUUCCCUGCGAACCCGGCGGCGCCGCAGAUGAUGCCCUGCACCGGCACCUCCGACAGUGAGAGGACCGCAACGACUGCAGCACCAGUGGAACCGCCGACGCCACCGCUACAGCAGAGGCGGCCACCGCUGGAGCCGUCUAAAGCCGCCGCCGCCGCUGCUGCUGCUGCUGCCACGACGGCGGCGGCAAAAGCACAAGCCCAGCUGCGCAUCUCCUUCGAGAUCUACCCAGCACACCUGUUUUACUCGUUGAUCUUCCGCGCAGCGGUGCUGCAGGAGAAGGACUGGGCGCUGCGACGCGCGGCUGCGGAGCUCUUUGGCGGUUCCGCUGAGAUCGAAGGCAACGGCAAGGGUCUCGGCGUCAGCUCAGGGGCUAAUGCCAGCGCCGGCGGCGGUGCCAGUGCCACGCCGGCGUCGCCCCUGUCACUCGCACGCGCGCUGUCCUUCACCUUCAACGUCCAGGUGCCGGCGGGGGAGCGCGGGAGCAACCCCUGCGCGACGGACCCCUUUAGCCACCACCCACACCACGGCACGGCCGCCGGGUUGGAGAACUACUGCCUCUCACCACUGUCGCCGGGACAUUUUUGCCGAAUGCCGGUCUCCCCGAAGCCGACGACGACGCCGUCGCCGCACGCGGGCCUCAGUGGCGGUGGGGCUGCAGCGGCCGGCGUCGGCGCUGCCAAUCCGUCCCCCGGGACGGCGGGCGGCACUGCCGCGUCGCCUGCGACCUUGCCAGCGUCUGCGUUCUCCUCCGUGGCGGUGACGGCAUCGCCCCAGGUUGUGGUGCGCCUCUCUGAGAGCUACAGCUUCCCAGCCCAGCCGCCGCAGAUGGUGGUGUCGCCGCCGCUGGGGACGCAGUCCGGGAUCAUGGCGCCGCUCGGUGCGCUGCCGUCCGCCGCCGCCGCCGCCGGUCGCGUCGUCUCCGACAGCGAGUUUCUCUUUUACAUCCACGUGCUGCGCACGGCGGUUGGCGACGGCGUCAACACCACAGCGCUGCCGUCGAGCAGGGCCUCGGAGGCGGACGACGACGACGACGACGGUGGCGGCGGCGGCGGCGCAGAUGCUGAUCGUGCGGGCGCGAGGGCAGCAGGCGUGCGGCGGGACGGCGCCAAUCCCGGGAAGCGGAGUCCGCGGACGCCGAGUGACAUGAGCGACCUGGCCACGGCCCGCCGCGACGGGCCGGAGGCUGUGGGGGACAAGGACGGUGAUAGCGAGGCCCUCGCCUUGCUGGAUCUGCGGCAGCGCGAGAUCGAGCCACAGGUGCUGCUGCGCUAUCGUUUUCGUGUGUUCCGGCAGGGCUGUCGCUCGCGCAAGGCCCUCGACGCCGUCGUGCUGUACACGCAGGACCAAGUGGAGCCCUGGCACGAGGAGGCCAAAGCCAUGCUGCAGGCUCUGCCGGCCACGGAGAGCUGCCAGGCCCUCUCCUCCCUCUCCACGAUGUCGCUGCGGGUGAACGGGAGCAGCCCCGCACUGCGGUCGUCCGACAGCGUGGGGCGGAUGACGUCGCUGAGUGGGGGUGGCGAGGCGACGACAGGCGUUGCUUCAGGCCGCCUGCAGCGUCGUUCCUGUUCACGUCCGGCGGGACUGCCGCUGCUUUCUCUCGGCACCGCUGCGCUGGCGAGCACGCCGGAGCUCGACCGGGUGGACUGCCGCACCACCGCGGCGAACAGUGGCCGGCUGCAGCUGCCAGCGUGGGCGAUGGAGGUGCUCAUCCGACGCGAGAGCAUGCGAGAGACGCUUGUGCGCGACCUGAAGGAAAAAGCCUUCCGCGUGUGUGCCGUUCCGCUUCCGGACAUGCGAGUACACCGCGUUUUGCCACCAACGGUGCCGCGCUACGUCACGGCCCACGCGCGCGGCUUCCCUCUCAGCCGCACCUUUGCCGAGGAGGUCCUUUCGCAGCAGCGCGCGCUGCAGUUCAUUCUGCUGCAGAGGGAGCAGGAGAACCAACGCGCCAUCGCAGCGCGCAUCCGCCACGAGCAGCGCCGGCAGGAUCGCCAGGAACGGAAGCGACGAGAGCGCCGCGCUCGCGAGGAGGCGUGUCGACGGGCGCAACAAGAGCGGCAGCAGCGCAAGGAGCAGCAGCAGAAACGGGGCCUGAACACCCGGAGGCGCGAGCCAGGCGACGGCGACAGUUUCAAGGAGCGUCUGACGGGGACCCUGAACCCGGCGACCGUCGUGUCGCGUGUCGUGUCCAUGGUGAAGCGGGCCAGCGUGGGGAGCUCUGGCCGCGACUUCGGCCACCUGUUCGUGCGCAUGCCACCUCAGGGUAGCGACAGCGUGCGCGAGACGCGCACAAGCCCGGACGCGGCUUAUCGGCAAGAGUCUCAAGCGCCAGCGCCGCUUGGUGAGCCAGACGUGCCGAAGGCUUCGCCACCGCCGCCGUACCGACACGGCUACCCGGAUUCCAGCGGCAGCUUCUACGGCGUCCCCUCGCCAGCUCAGCGGCAGAGCGCCGCACCGGAGGGCAACGCGCGAGUUGGCGUCGUCCUCCCCCCAGAUGAAAGUGAUCGUGUUGGCUACGGUGAGGCGGAGGGCAAGGGCACCAUCAGUGCUGCCGCACCCACCGUCGGCAACGUCAGGCAACACCAGCGUUCGACCGAGGAGCCGAGCAGCUCCUCGCAGGUGUAUGCGGUGCAGCGGCCGUGCGGACUCCAGGGUAUGCGCGCCCCCCUUACCGUUGCUGUCGCCGCGACGUCGGUGCAGAUCUCGCCGACGCGGACGGGGGUGGACAUCCGCUUGCUCCGUGGCAGCUCCGGCAGCGUCUCCGUCGAAGUCUCCACUGAUGUUUCGCUGACGGCGAACGCGACCGGUGUGAGUGCCCCGUACUACGCCGCGGACGCGGCACCGCGCUCGCUCGAGCGCGGUGCGGGCGGCGACACAGGCGGCAGUGGUCGAGGACGCGCGCUUGGUUCAGCUGGAGCGCCAAGUUCUUCGCCAACAUCACCGACGCCGUACACUGCCACGACACCGGUCAUUCUACUGGCGCUGCCACAGGGCUUAUCGGGGUCGCCUCCGCCGCAACCGCACUCCCCAGCCUCGGCGAACAGCGGCCUGAACAGUCCACCGCCGCAGUCGCAAACCUGUCAAGGCGACCACAGUAGCGGCGGAGGCGGCAGCGGCGCUCCCAAGUCACUUUCUCUCGCGCCUGCAAGCUCCACCCGCAACCCCCACUGGACUGCUGUGCACACGGCAACCAACGCAAACACUUGCGUAACGCCGCCGCCACCCCCCUCGACCGCCCCCGCUGCCGGUAGCCCCGCAGUGCAGGUCAGCAGUAGCGGUCACAACGGUGGCUGCGCCGCCAACGCCGUUGGCCACGGCCACGUUCAGAAGACGCUUGCCUCCGUCAGCAGCGCUCUGCAGAACCACUUCGGUUCGUGGCUGGCGACAACCGCGACGACCUCGUCAUCGGCGAGUGGGGCCAGCAACACUAUGCCAAACUUUAGCGGCACGGGCGCCACCGGCUUCCACUCUGGCACCAUCUCAAUGUCGGAGCGCGGCUUUCGGUUGAUGCCACUGCCGCCGCCUCCGUCACCACUGCCCGCGCUCGGCUCAUCCUCUCUUCCCGCGCUUGAUGUGGGCACCACUCCGUCCUCGUGCAUGCUCUCUGUGUCAGACACAUCGACCGUCACGCUUGCGACCACCCGCGAUGUGAGCCUCGACGUCUCGGCGGGCGACCAUCGUCACCACCAGGACACGACUGUACCGUCGCUGCCGCCGCAAGAGCCAUCGAGCAGCAGUCAGCCGCAUCGCUCGCUGCAGAACCCGGCGUCACCUGUCUCCGCCACUUCGCCGCUUAGCGCGGAAGGUGCGACGCACCUCACCGUGAGCGGAGGUGCUGCGCAGAAUUAUAUGAGCAGCCACCCCAGCCACUCCCUCCAGCUGCCCGACGAUGGUGGAGUGCCGGCCGCCUCGCUGACGCCCAUGCCGCUUGCAGUUCCCAACAACAGUAUGUACGGCACCUUUGACGCGUAUUACGGCCACAGCGUCGCGACACCGCAGGCAGUGCUGCUGCGCCAGCAGGCCCAGGCGGAGGCGGCGGCGGCCUCCGUUGCGUCCUCAUCGGCUACGCGAGCGCUGACCUCACCCCGGCACCAAGAAACCGCCAACACCGCGGCGCCGCUGUCAGCAAUCGUGACAUUGGCGGCGGAGAGAGACACUCGCAAGGGUGAGUUGCACAAUGGUGGGUCCGCCGGUGAUCGCGACGUCAGAGGCCCCGCCGGUAUGCUCAGCAGCGCCACGUCGACACCAGCUGCAGGGGCUGCCGCUGCUGCUGCUGCUGCUGCUGCUGGAGGCAAUGUGCAGCAGUUGCCGCCGCCGCCACAUCUGCAGGCCCCACGCAGCGGGCCGGGGCGAACCAGCUCUGGGCUGCUGCCGUACACGUACUCGGCCGAUUCCGUGAGCAGCAUGUAUGGCACAACGCACUAUCCUCUCUACCAGUACCCGGACGACCCUAACAGCGCAGCGGCAGCGGCGUACCCGGGAGUGUCGCCGUUCACGUCAUCAGUGCCGGGGGGGGCAGUGAUGGGUGGUGGUGGCAGCGGGGCCACAACGGCCGCGCCGGCUGGGUUCACCCACACCGGUGCUUCGGGGACUUACACGUACAAAUCUUCGGGUUGUAGCAGCAGCCACGUUUUCGGGGCAAGCGCCACCGGCGUCACGCAGGUCUACACGUCUCCUGGCAACUCAGCCGCGUUCUUCGGUGUCGGCGGGGCGGUUCGCCCGGAGAACUGGGGCUCUUGCCUGCAAUCGCCGCGCGUGCCGGACUCGCCGAUGGACUUGAACGCCAGCGCCACCGUCCCUCUGUCGCUGCCGCUUGCUCAGGAUACGCACAUGAACCGGCUGAAGCAGUACAACAAGCUGCUAUCUGACCUCCUCGGCGUCGCAGGCGGCCCGAUGCGCAGCGGCAUCUCCUACUAUUACACCUACGGCGAUGCCACGGCGCUGCUGUACAACGCGUCCAUCCGGGCACCCUGUGACGAGAACAUUCUCGAGCUGCUAGACCGUCAACAAUGGGAGAAGCAGCACGAGCUUCGGCAGCUGUCGCGCACCGACGUCGGUGGCGGCGUUUUCUCCGACUCUGGAGGCGCAUCAGACGGCAGCACGUCGGGUGGCGAUAAAAUAGCGGUGUACACUAGCAGCGGGUCCUACUCCAUGCCCAGCUCAGGAACAGACAACACUGGCGCCUGGCGUGUUCCAGCCACCUUAGCCGGCAUUGGCGUGUCCCCUCCAGCACCGCCGCCUGCGCCUCAACAGCAGGCCACGCUCCACGGCAGCGGCAGCGCAGCUGGAGGAGACGCGAAUGCCGCUGGUCAAGGGGCGCGCAACGCCCGAGAGGACUCCUCCGCAGCCCGCGCCGCCGCUGCAGCUGCAAGCGAAGAUGAGGGCUGCUCCUAUCUUGAGUACGGCGCUCUCGGCGGGCUGCCGGACACGAUGGACGCUCUGGAGUCCGAGCAGAUCGAGGCGCAGCGGGCACGCAACACACGCUUUUACUCCAUCUUUGAGCACCUCCAUCGCGCCUACCACGACACUGUGCUGGAGGCGAUCGGCAGCGGGAGGACCCGGUCUGUCGACGUUAGCCCCGUCACGGCCGCGGCCGAGACCGGCUCCCUCUACGCGGGGCUCACCGGAGGGGUUGGCACAGAGUACAUCUUCCCUUCCUCCGCGUCUGCCGCAGGCGCGUCUGCUGCUGAGCGGCAGACGGCGCCUCCGCACUGCGUCGGCCACGCCACCGCGCCAGGAUCGGUUACCCCUCCACCUGGCCUGCUGUGCGUCGGGACGGGUGCGGCAGAGACAGUAGACCUGUCGCGCUGGCGACGACGGCUAUGGGGUCGCGUGUGUGCGCUUGUGGCGUGGGUGGGCUCCCUCGUCGGCCUCGCGCGCAGGCCGCACGGUGACUCGGCCGCUGUGGGAGCACACGCUGCGGGUGGCGCCACCGAUAGUGGUGUGGCAAUCCGUUGGCGCGCGCCGCAGCUCGCCCCAGACGGCGCAAAGUGUGGCUUCGAUCCAGCCAAGCUCGCCGAGUACUUCCCGGGCGAACGCAUCGUGACGUUCGGCGACGAGUGGUGCAUCGCCUCUCGGCUGGACAUGCACAACGGGCACUUUGGCCUCUCGCCUCUGCAGGUGUGGAUGGCCACACGCUACUCGCGCCGCUUCGCAGGCGAGGUGUACCUGAUGGACGUGAUCGCGGCCGGCGGCGACCCGUACUACCCAGCUGUCCGUGUCUUGGAUGAGAUUGUUGCGCAUGCCGUGCUCUACUACCACAACCACAGUCUGCGGGACUUUGUGGAGGAUUUAGAGGCGGAGCUGGGGCUCGUAUACGUGCCGCAGACGCUCUGGGGGAGGCGCGCGCUGGGGCUGCCAGAUGACGAUGCCGAGGUGCAAGAGCUGGAAGGACUGCUGUACACUGCCACCCGACGUCGGCAAGACCGCCGCCGCCGGCAACGCGCUCAGGAAAAGCAUCGGCAGCGCAGCCGCUGUGGCGACAGUGCAGGGGGCGGCCUCAAGAACGGCCGCGCUGCGACGUCCAGAGUUCCACUGCCUACCACGGCGGGUGCCUCACGCUCGGCUGCCGCUGCCGGGCUCCGCCACGCGGAUGGGGCACCGGCACCGGCGCCGCCGUUUCCUUCCCUUGCGGCGGACGCGGCGCGUGAGGGUGAGACGCAGGGAGGUCCGACGACGGGCAGCCGCCGCUCUUUUAGCCCCCAAGCACCGACGAUCAGCGGCGCAGCUACUCAGGGCAGCGUCGGCGGCGCCAGCGAUGCCUCCCCGCUACUGCUGAGCCCGGUGAGCGACGGCGGCGACCUACCGUCUGCCGAGGCAACCGCGGCAACAGUGCCAGCGAACCGCUCCCCACCGCUCCGGCACCAUCGCCGUCCUCGGCGCCACGAUAAUGAGCGCCUUGAGGAUGAAGAGAUGGCCGAGUACACCUGGGUUCAACUGCAGGCCAAGGACCAGGAAGAGGACGAGGAGGUCUUCUACGGCGCAACGGCCGCUGCCGCCGCGGGACUUGGCGGUGGCGACAUCAACAUCGCGCCCCACGUGUAUGACGCGGUGAUGGAGCGCGAGGUGUAUGACGAGCGCAUGCUGCUGCGCGAGCUGGACCACUUGAAGGAGUUUCUCGUUGAUAACCGCAACGUCCUGUCGUCGGCGAUGCUCACCACGGCUGGCUCAAACUCCCUCGAGGCCGUCUUCGGCGUUCCAGCGACGGUGUUCCCGUUUCUGCUGUGCGCGCGCGAGAGCGUGCCCUUCGUAGCCUCCAUCUUCGAGUCCCUCUCUUACCACUACGGUCCUCUCACCUACGACAACUUCUCCAAGUACACCUACGAUGUCUACCACCGUGACCGGCCGGACGUGCUGCGCCACACGCCGCGCAUGUUCCGCAUGGUCAACAAGAGCCGCCGCGGCUGCAUCACUUACGAGGAGCUGUGCCGAUGGAUGGCGCGGAAGCUGAGCUGCGGCAAUAAUGUUCAGCCAAACGGGCACCUGCUGGCGACGAGUAUGUCGCUGCGGCUGCCGCUCGCCCUGGUGUCCGAGUCUCGCGACGAGUGGGACGCGUACCGUUGUGUACUCAAGUCGCUCUCCGACGGCGAUGACGCGGAGUACUGA